AUGGGUAGAACUAUUCCCAUCACUGGCAGUGUAAACGAGUGUAGGUGUGCCAAUUGUUUAGAAUGUCAUUUCCCUUUUUCACUAAUCCUAUUUCUCAUUUUCAUUUCAGCAGUGCUGGAUGCCUUUGUUAACAGCCAGGAAUGGACUUUGAGCCAUAGAGUUCCAGAUAUAAAACUGGGUCUUUUAGGUUCCAUCCAUAGUGGAAAGUCUGCCUUGGUACAUCGCUACCUUACCGGUACAUAUUUGCACGAGGAAUCUCCAGAAGGUGGAAGGUUUAAAAAAGAAAUUUCUCUCGAAAACCAAAGUCAUUUGUUAUUGAUCCGAGACGAGGGAGGACCACCUGAUCAGCAGUUCAGCCACUGGAUCGAUGGUGUGAUAUUUGUCUUUAGUCUUGAGAAUUUUGAAAGCUACCAGCUGGUAUAUGAUUAUUAUGCCCGUUUGUCAACGUACAGAGAUCUCACCAACCUGCCCAUUCUUCUAGAUUCCAACUGCGAAUCCUACAUCCGAGUAAUCGACGAUUCAAGAGCAAGGAAGCUUGCCAACGAUUUGCGGAGAUGCGCCUAUUAUGAAACGUGUGCAGCGUAUGGCCUGAAUGUAGAAAGGGUAUUUCAAGACGGUAAGGAAACAUCCUGUUUGAAAAUUCUACAAUCAAGAACGCAUGCACCAGCAAAGCCAUCCAGACCAAUUACUCCUCAGUUCUCCAGCACUGUUCCUACGCGUCCACACGGCAUAAGCCCUACUGAACCGCCGACAGUCGCAGGAACUCCCCAGUCGCAGCACCCAUUGUAUCCCCAAGGCUAUAUGCGCAGUGCAAAUACUGCAUCAAAACCUCCUGUAAGUCUAUUUGCAGAAUUUUUGUCAGACUUGUAUAUGAUUCAAAUUUUAUCCACAUUUUUGAAUGAAUGA